GCGCUACUGAAAAAUAGAAUCCUUGACUCAAGUGAAUGUGACGCGAGCACCAUAAGUUAUUUCCCUGAACAACGUCUCUCUUGUGGGUAAGUCUACUUUCAAGUAAGGGAUGCCGAUUAAUCGAUGUAUUUCUAAGUCAUCCAUUUUUUUUCUGACAAGGAAAGAAAAUUUUGAUGAUUCAAUUCAGGAUAACAACAUGAAACUUACGAAAAUAAUCUUUCUUUCACAUUUGCCGGCCCAGAGAAUUCGUACCACUCUUUUUUGCAAAACAUGAAAACACAAAGAAACACAAACAUGCUGCUAAACAAACGACAAUUUCGCCUGAUCCGGCUUUAAUUUAACAUGUUAUUUGCUAGGAGUCACUCUAGGUUUAAAGUCUAAGAUCCGCCUUGUACAGUACAAUAAACACGUGCUGUUCAGUAGAUUUCAUUUUAAGCAUUAGACCCAGAAGUUGUACAGCAUGAGCCAAGACUCAUUUUGUAAAUGGAGAAAAAAAUACCGCGCGAAACUGAGUAUUGCUCAGUUGCUUUCUUUAAAAGGUCCCACCACAGCCAGGGUUCCAUAUACAGACUCGGAAAUUGUACAGGCUAUCAACAGUAUCAGAGGAGAGUACUGCUUAGUAACUCUCAUUUCGAUGGUCACACCUUAGGAUUUCGUCCACAGGUGUAAAAGUUAGAACAACCUUGUACAGCAUAAUAAACAGUACCACAGGAAAGUACUGCUCAGUAGAUUACAUUUGAAUGGUCACACCAUAGGAUUUCAUCCACAGACUCAAAAGUUAGAACCACCUUGUACAGCAUAAUAAACAGUACCACAGGAAAGUACUGCUCAGUAGCUUUCAUUUAGUUCCAUAUACAGACUCGGAAAUUGUACAGGCUAUCAACAGUAUCAGAGGAGAGUGCUGCUUAGUAACUCUCAUUUCGAUGGUCACACCUUAGGAUUUCUUUCACAGGUGUAAAAGUUGGAACACUUUGUGCAGCCAAUAAUAAACAGUACAAUAGGAAUGAAAGUGCUGCUCAGUAGCUCUCAUUUAUAUCGUCACUUUUUAAGAUUUCGUUUAAAGAAGAACCGCCCAGUAAAUUUAAAUUGAGUGCAUGAUGAUAUUUUGCCCAACCAUGUAUACUUCUUUACGUGGAUAAACAUCGCAGGAAGCAGAUUUUUACGGUGAAUUAAGAGAUGAUGUUGACAUGAAAAUGUUAUAUUGUUAUUGUUUUGUUUUCCGCAUUUGUCUUUUUUUACUGAUAAAGAUCGUAAGGGAAUGGCUACUGAACGCCAAAUUCACAGCAUGUUAUUUUCCUCUUUGAUUUACCUUUAUCCGGACAGUUUUAGUCAAAACAUGUUUUUUUUUGCACCUAAAAGGUCAAAUUAAAGGCAUUUUGGCAUUACGUUUGAAUGGUAACCCAUGUAUUUUUUUGUGCUCCGUCAAAUGAAAAGCCAAGAAAGAUGGCGAGAGAAGAAGGAUUCCCGUCAGUUGCCACUAUUGACUAGUACCUAUGGGCUACUCAUAAUGAUACACUAUAAAGGAAUACACCUUUCUUUUAUCUGAAAUGGAAGCAUACACCUUUCAUUUGUUCGAACUACUCCAUCGCCUUAAAUAUAAGAUGAAAUGAGAGUAUGUCCAAGAACCAACAUUGAAACUGUGGAGGCUACGAUUGGACUCGCAGCACGAGCUUGCAUAAGGCAUGAGGCGAUGUUUGUGUUUUGCAACGGCCUAUAUUAACAAUAUAAAAUAUAAGAAGCAAGGCUGCGCUUUUAGUAAACUUUGAAACUCUUGUUUGUUUUGACAAGCUCAGGCAAACUGUGCACGCGAUAGCAUGUCUUAAUUAGUCUAGACCGGAAAAAAACAUUUCUUUGUCAGUAUACAAGGGUGUCGCCGUUUUAAAAGUCGGAAAGAAAAUCUCCUACAAUGGCGUCUCCGUCAGAACAACGAAAACUGUCUCCCCUGUUGAAGACAUAACACGUUAUGAGACAAAAACCACAAAAACAUGCAACAAAACUGAACAAGCAAACAACAUACUCACGAUAAACGGUACGAACGGAUAGUAUCUUACAGUAGUGUGCAGCCGAGAAUGAAAGAGACUUAUUCAGUAAAAUCUUAUUUGUCAAGCCAAGAAGUUGAUGAACUGCGAUUUCAUUAUUAUUCAUGAUGCUACUUCGAACCACCAUGUCCGAAAGUAACUUGUUGACUCAAAUUACACUGAUGCCUUUGCAUGUUGUUUGUGAAGUACUGUGAUCUUUUGCGAUAAAUUAUCAGUUUAUAUUUGCAUCGGCUCCAAGUGUACUUUUUCAAGAAAUCAUCAUUAGGUAUACUGUGCCAUAAUACUCUACCUAUUCAAUAUCGGAAAAAGCUUUUCGUUCGCCCUCCCCCUCCCCCACCCGCAAGAAACAAAAAAACAAUGUCUUGGUCGAUACUUGCUACCUGUCAAAAGUUAUUCUUGCUAUUCGUUGCCUGGCAACAUGUCUGAUACUUCCCUAGUGAGACAGUGAAUAUGUGUAAUAACAGUAUUUUGGACGGCCACCUUACAAAUCGUUUUGGUGUCAUCAGCCUUUUCGCAAAGCUUUGUCGGUCAAUUUUAUACUCUAAAUAACAAGUCUGAAAGAAAGAAAACUGUGACUGAAUGGUGCAGACGCAUCGACGAACUGUGCCUACACAUGUUCUGUUUUCGCAAAACGUUUUCAGUCUUCACGCUAAGAGCACAAAAAAGCGCCCACUAGAUGCUUUUGAAAUUAGGAAAAGAAGAAAAAGAUCAGAAAAAAAUGGAAGAAUAAGAAAGCAUUAUGAGGCUUUUUGGUGUGCGUGAUUUCAGUUCAAAUCAUUCAUCGAGAGGAAAUGGUCUCUCAAGAUGAUUAUCCGCAAUUGCACGCUAAUGGCAUAACCUUUUAAGAUGACGCAUUGAACAUGAGGAAUUUUGGGCGUUGUUAUCGAUAGUUGUUUCGUGAUUUCUAGCAAGACAACUCCAAACCACAAGCCCUUACACGUGUGGGUAGUUUCCCUGCUAGGUCAAAGUUUAACAUAAUAUUUUCUCGUAUUGCACGCUAGGUUCCACACAACUGAAGAAUCAAGCAACAGAUGGAAACGCCUCUACCACCUUUUCCAAUGAACAGUAUUAUCUAUACUCCAGAUAAUAUGGACUUCUUCCAUCGGGAUACCGACUAUGUGCAUGGUACGGUGUUUCUUACAUUUCUUGUCUGUAUCUGUUGGUCUAUAAACUUGCAUGUCUAGCCUUCGUGUCGUUUGUAAUAACCCCAGGAUGACCAUUUAAUAUUCUUUAGAUUCUCAAACUGGAUAAUCUUCUUAGUGAUGCUUAAAAAGCUAAGAAGGCUUAAGAAAGCCCAAUCCUAUUUCGUGUGCUAUUGAUACGAAUGCAUUGAAAGACGUUCAAAGCAUGCAAAUGUACACAAAGUAGUUCUUUCCACUUUACAGGCGACACUUUUUAUUCCAAAAAGGGGAAGUUGGGAAGUUCUCACCCAUUGUUGAAGAACUGUCCUAUCUGUCUAGAAUUGUAAGGUUUUUGGAGACACAUAAAUACCUACAAUCCUUUCAUUUUUCAAGCUUAUUAUGGGGUCAUGAAACUUAUUUUUAACUUCUUGAAUCUGAAUGGAAACCUACAAUAUAACCAUUCCAGAUGAAACAUAUUCAGUACUACUUUACUUGGUAGUGGGUAACGUUUAGGAAUUUACAAAAUAAUAUUAACAAUUUUCUUGAAUUUUCCCGUGGUUAUAACCAAGAGAAAAGGGUUAAAUUACUUUUAUUAGUGGAUCAUAAUAAUAGCAAUAACGCUAAUCUGCUCACUUCCUGAUCGCGUUCGGUUUUUUUUUGGCAGAAAAAAAAAUCAUAGCUUUAUUUUGUGAUUAUAGCUCCCGCUGGCUGUUUAAUAUUUAUCCUUGACCUGGGGUUUAGGUGGUGCAUAUUGCUAUUUGUUGACCGCCCGUGUUGUAAGAAUUCGAUAAUAAAGCGUAUGUCACCAUACAUGUAGAUAUAAACGCCACUAAUCUUCAAGGCAGGAGUAGAUAUGACAUUUAACGUUCGCUAUUAUCUCCAGCUUACUUAACAUGUCACGAAACAGGGUUAUUUAAAGACAAGCUCUCUCCUUGUCGGCUUAGCAUUAUCCACCGGCUAAGCCACAAAUAGGCGUAUAAUCCUUCAUCAAGACGUGAUUUCGCUGGUCACUGUGAGCACCACACAUUUAGUUGCACGCCAAUAUCACAAACAGCACAUAAUCAAACUGUCUUGCACAGAGAAAGGAUCUCUUACGAAACGCAAUCAUGGAUUUCGGUUGGCAUGGCUAUACAUACCCUUGCAUGGGAUGCCCACAUUGUCUGGUAUCGCGAUUUAUGGAAGGUAGUAAGAAUUCUUUGACAUCUUCAGAUUUUAUUCCUUGAACUUCAAACCGUGUUUAAUCGUUUCUGUUCAUAUAGUGGUCAACAAAAAUUCGAAAUGUCUUUCAUCGGUAAAAUUGUAUAAUAUAUAGUACUACGCAAAUGUUCUGCUAAAUAGGUUUUAUUUCAAUGGUAACACCACAGAAUUUCGUCCAAAACUGCAGCAGUAUCUCAUCCAACCUUAGCACUGGGGUGGAACACUGGUCAUUUCAUUCAGUUACUAGCCUAAUACUGAACGCAGGCUUCCAAUACAUUUAGUGUACUAUAACGAGGAAUGAAGUAUAUCUGUAUUUUGUAAAGUAACGCAAAGGUUUGACAAGUAAAAGUUUCGCUGAACGAUUUCUCAAAAAACGGAACCACGGUUAUCAAACUGAGGUGUUUACGAGAUUAGAGUAAACAUUAUUCGUUAUUAAAAUUACCAUACGCCAAUUCUUAAGAUUACUGAGAAUUUACUGGUACACUGACUGUUAAAACUUGUGCGGACAACUUUUCUUUAUGAAGAGUUCUUAGAAGAAUCAUAGGGUAUUUAUGUAUAAUUGAAGUUUUUGAAGAACAAAAACUGUGAUACGCUUACUCCUAAUGUGUUUCUUAUGUCCUGCUUAACUUUUCAGUUCAUAGCAUGGCACCAUCGAACGUUGCAUUACAGUGCAUCAUGGUGGUUUCAGUUCCGUUACUAUUUAAGGGAAAGAGGACUAUUCUCUUUCCUCUCUUGAGGAGCCUAUGACAUUUCGUCGGUAGACCCUUUUAAUACAUCUUAGAUUGUAUCCAACAGCCUCGUUGCAAGGCGGAAGACCCGAAAACAUUCUUGUUUUUCAUUGUUCACAUUGACAACAAUUUAUUUUUUUUACUUAACAGCUCCCCCAAGAAAACAGCGACGAGAAAGAACAACUUUCACGAAGGCGCAGCUGAAACUUCUGGACGAGCUGUUCGCCAAAACAAAAUAUCCUGACAUCUUCAUGAGAGAGGAAAUCGCCCUGAAAAUAAAUUUGCCAGAAAGUCGAGUACAGGUGAGAACACGGUGUUUGAAGCCCGGGGGGCGGGGGGGGGGGGGCUAUUGCCCGCGCCAUUGAUUUGUUUUGCAAGAUAAAUUUUGUUUGUACUNGGUGGGGGGGGGGGGGGGGGGGGGGGGGGGGCUAUUGCCCGCGCCAUUGAUUUGUUUUGCAAGAUAAAUUUUGUUUGUACUCCAAGUAUACAAAAGCCUUUAACGUGAAUUUGCUCUAAUGCCAUUGCCAAUAAGUGGCUUUAAAACAAGAAGGCGUGCAUUUUGUCCUUUGUCCUAAACAGGGUAAUACAAUUGAGGAUGUUGUCCUGAACAGCGUAUGUAUUUUACGACGUUUUUGUCCUAAACACGGUCAGGGUCUCCAAACCUCACCGGCUUACCUAUACCCACAUUAUGGUCGAGUACCUCCCCCGGGAGCCUUAAGGUCUAUUACUGACUCGAACUGACCAAACGCCCUCUGUGAUUUGACUACAGCUUUAGCUGAUCUGAUACCAAUCUACUUUGAUGAGUUUUAAGCUCGUUACAACUCAAACAGGUACAACCAAAGGGUCGUACAAACUUAAGAAAAAUACUUGAAGUAGCAAAGUUCGGACAAUUCGACCUCCCUUAAUGAGAUUUUUUCCAAGCCUUUUUUCACUCAUAUUCAAGUUACAAAAAGGAUUUAUUGUCUGCAGAUGUAAAAUUUGGCAGCCCACUUUAUAAUUGUUAAUGGUUCUCUUUAUUUGUCAUAUCAGUAUUACUUGAACUGGUUUUGGGAAAGUUUUAUAGGAUCAACAAGGGAAGUAGAUAUCGAUAUCUUUUCAGGAAAUAGGUAUUAUUUUCCACAUUGACGGUAUUACUUGAAUAGGCAAUCACGUAGCAAUGAGACAAGAAGCACGUCAAACAGCGUAUUAAUUCGUUUUAUACUUCAACGUAAUCAGGAAAAAUUUAAGUCAUUUUCCGCUCAUCAGUUAUUUGACACUAAGGAACUUAUUUUUAGGCUCUAGAUGACAAGUUUCAUCCCAGAAAACUAUAAUGGGGGCACAUGUUAAUUUCAUUCUCACCCGUCGUGACAACUUGCAUUUACGAGCGUUUACAGAAAUAUGUUCCCUUCAGAACAGCUUUUAAAAGCGCCGUUUCUCACAUAAUAUAAGUGGAAAUUCAAUAGACAAAGAGUUCAAAUAAAAUGUUUGAAAGCUAAAGGGUGUUUAAAAUCGGGUUGAGAUGGAGGCUGAAACAAUUUGAGAAACAUGACAUUGUCUGCGGAAAGCAUUUCUUAUCAAGCAACAAAUUUCGCAGUUACCAAAGACAGUUAUUUAAGAUUCAUCGAAAAAGAGCAUGGCGUAAUGGCAUGGGCAGCUGUCAUAUAUAUUUUUUUAUUUCUAUAAAUGAAACCACUUUAUCAUCUGAGUAUCUUCUUAUGACAAAGCUAUCGGCUAUGACUGUCAAAAUGGUGAAAGCGUCAUUCAGUAUGGUCAGUGCUAAAAAAAAAGAGUUAAUCUCCUUCCGCUGUAGCAGGAUCGCCUUAACCUUAAACAGCCGUAUUUUUCCGCAAACGCUCUUGCGACAAAGUAUAACUGUACAAAAGGAAUUCCCUACUUGGAAAAAAUAAACAAACAAAAAAAAAAAGAAAAAAGAAAAAUACAACACUAAAAUACCACCAAAUAACAGGAAAUCUUUAAGCUAGGAUCUCUUGUGUUUACUUUCAAUAUCUUGAGGUUUGUUUCUCAUUUUUCUUGGAGAACAAAACAGUCGACUGGCUCUAUCAUGAUAGACAGACAUAACAGGCCUUCGUGACUAGUAUUCUAUUUAUAAAGUACAACCACUGAAAUACGCGAAAUCUAUUAAGCAUGUCCCCUGUAGUUUUCUGUAGAAAUGUUUAUUAUCCUGUAUAAAGUAGUUUUAAUUCCUUGCGGGGCUCGUGAAUGAAGACCUGAUUUAUGACCAUUUAUACUAAGCUGCUUAGCGGUGCUUUCCUGUUUAUUCCUUCUGCUGUUUGUUAUUUUGGACAAGGAUUAGACUAAUAUUUUCUCUGAAAGCUUAAGACUGCAAGAGCGCUACACUUAAAAAUUUAGAUUCUAAAAGAAAGUCGAACCUGCCGACACAAGGGUCUUUGGAACGCCCCUAUGUUUGUACUUGGUUGACACACCACAAAUCUUACUGAGAGGCGUAGCAAAAAAGAAAUUUUUAUCAAAACGCUGUUAGCAAACAUUCAAUUAAUUAGCUGCAAAUUGACCACAGUUUAACUCGUGCAAAGUCUGUCGCUUAUUACAGAAUUCCUGAUUAGCGAUAUAAUCUAAUCGCAAAAUGAUAUGUCUUGACAACUUUGUACGAAACGUUCGACGAGCACGAAAAUUCAGAUUUGGCUAAAAUGAGACUUUCUUUUUUUCUUGUGAUUUCAACAAAGUGCGACAACCUGACAAGGAAUAAGCAUUUCUCUCUUUCUUCUGGAGUAACCAAAACAAAACUUGUACAUAUAAAAAAUAUGCUUAAACAGGGUUAGCGUGAGCACCUCAUAAUGUGUUUAUGGUUUUAAGCUAUCUCUUAAAAUCGCGAGAUAGAUAAACUCACGCGAAGUUGUUAUGCACGACAUGAAAACUANCCUAUGUUUGUACUUGGUUGACACACCACAAAUCUUACUGAGAGGCGUAGCAAAAAAGAAAUUUUUAUCAAAACGCUGAUAGCAAACAUUCAAUUAAUUAGCUGCAAAUUGACCACAGUUUAACUCGUGCAAAGUCUGUCGCUUAUUACAGAAUUCCUGAUUAGCGAUAUAAUCUAAUCGCAAAAUGAUAUGUCUUGACAACUUUGUACGAAACGUUCGACGAGCACGAAAAUUCAGAUUUGGCUAAAAUGAGAAUAUCUUUUGUUUCUUGUGAUUUCAACAAAGUGCGACAACCUGACAAGGAAUAAGCAUUUCUCUCUUUCUUCUGGAGUAACCAAAACAAAACUUGUACAUAUAAAAAAUAUGCUUAAACAGGGUUAGCGUGAGCACCUCAUAAUGUGUUUAUGGUUUUAAGCUAUCUCUUAAAAUCGCGAGAUAGAUAAACUCACGCGAAGUUGUUAUGCACGACAUGAAAACUACAUAAAAAUCAAAGUGAAAUUAAUGUCUUUCAGUCCGGUAAAUGGAUUUAGGGUGGAACUGCUUGUGAAUAGUAAUUUUUUUAUUUUACUUUGUUUUUUUACUUUUACUAUCUUCUACGUCGAGUUGUAACCUUCAAGCCGCAGGUAAAAGACUUAAUUUUUCUUAUAAACAAACUGGAGCACCUUACGGAAUACUACCUAUGAGGUUUUCUUAAAUAGUAACUUCUGACCGCAGAUCCACCAUUUUGUACACUUAAUCUUGCAAGAGGAAAAACUAAACGAACUGAACAGCUUCUGGGAGGAAAAAUGCGCAAAAAUUGACAUAAAAUUUACAAAAAAUGUUAAGUUUAUUGUAGUGCUUUUGGAGUUUCUCUGUCUAACAAAGUACUGCUGAGAAAAUUAGAAUAACUAAGGGCCACCUCUCCGAUAUCUCCAAGUUGAUCUCUGUACAUUUCCUUACAGAAUUAGACAGCGAAAUUUAAUAAGGAUGAUGACUAUAUUGCUUCUCAUAACCUCUUCUUUUGAUGUUGUAUGGUUAUUGUUACCAAUAAAUUGAUUUUAGACACUCUCGGCUAAAACCAAAUGCCGUGCAACAUGAUAUACUCACAGCACCUUGCUCGCUUUGCCCAUUGUUCUUAUUUUUACUCUGAACAUUGGGCUUUUGUUUUGUAUUAAUAUCCAAGUUUGAGCAUUCUUGAACUUAAAAAUGUUCCAUCCUAUGCAACCGCCAAAUCGUGUCACAUACAUGUACAAAAUAAGUCGUCACAUGGAUACCUCGCUACCUCGAGGACAACCUUUUUUUUUUUCGUGUAGUUCAUGACUCUGCGAGUAGGCCGAUCUUGGCAUGGGUUAAGCUUUUCACUCCCAAAGGUGGCCAAAGUCAAUUUAGCAAGAUUUCAAAUAACCAUUUUGUAAAAUGCUGAAAAACUACUAACAACAUCUGAAAGUACUGCCAAAGAGGUUACAUUUGCUCAGUGACUUUCAUUUGAAUGGUCACACCAUAGGAAUUCAUCCACAGACUCAAAAGUUAGAACCACCUUAUGCACCAUAAUAAACGGUACCACAAGAAAAUACUGCUCAGUAGCUUUCAUUUAAAUGGUCACACCAUAGGAUUUUAUUCAUAGACUCAAAAGUUAGAACCACCUUGUACACCGUAGUAAACGGUACCACAGAGAAGAAAAGUACUGCUUAGUAGCUUUCAUUUGAAUGUUCACACCAAGGAUUUUCUCCACAGACUCAAAAGUUCAAGCCACCUCAUAAACAGUACCACAGAAAAUUACUGCUCAGUAGCUUUCAUUUAUAAUCGUUCAUGCACAUCGUAGCAUUUGAUUAGAGACUUAAAAGUUGGAGCAACCAUACAGGUUUCUAUCACUCACUCUCGAAGUGAAGGAUUAAUUGAUCAUAAUUAGCUUAAUUUUCUUCGGGAAUUCAUUACUAACAUGCUACCAGCGAAAAAUAUAUUCCCUUGCACUAUCGUGUAGAGGCUUUUCACAUGACUUUACGUCCGCCAUUAAGGUGUCCUGAAACAUUAAAUCGGCGGCCAUGUUGGUGUCCCAAGCCAAUCCUGUGGGAGUAGAACUCAUUUCUUACGCUAACGCUUUCUUUUGAGGUAAUAAGUAUACUAGCUGAUGGCCACAUGAGUAAAAACGCUCUGUUAUAACACCUUUUUAUCAAAACUAUACACAUGUGUACAAUUAUAUUCGUUUUAUUCGUUUCAAAGGUAUGGUUCAAAAACCGAAGGGCAAAGUUUCGACAACAAAAGAAGCAGCAGCAAGGAGCUCAGAGUAAGCCAAAAUCGCCAGUGAAGACAAGAACCCCCACACCACCUCUUCAACAAGUUGAAGAUCCACCAAAGGCAUCCAGUCAAGCUCCUCCGUUACAACAGUUGAAUAACUUCACGUUCAGUGGCCCAUCAUGGACGAGCAAACACAACAUUCAUCAAGGAUUGCCCAACAACACCCAGAGACACGACAAUUAUCAGAAGUUUCUCAACAACAGCAUGAAUGCUUUUCCAGGGGCUCUCUUUCCCGCUUCCCAGCCUCGCUUUAAUGCAAGCCACGAACAAUAUUUUCCUUAUAUGGGAAACGUUGGUCCAAUGCCAGGCUACCUGGCCAGAAAUCGACUAGAGUCGUCGCCCAUGAUGUGUUAAAAAAGACGUGUUAAGAAGAACGUUUGUACAAUAUUCAAUAAUUGAAUUACAAUGCCUGCUAAUGCCCUUGGGUCCGGUCAGAAACCGCGAACGGACACG